UGAGAAGGAAGUGAAGUAUUUAGGACAAUUAACGUCUGUCCCGGGGUACCUGAAUCCUUCCAGCCGUACCGAAAUACUUUAUUUAAUAGACAAUGCAAAGAGCACAUCAGCUUCCGGGUCAGCUGACCCCAGAGCAUGAUGCAGUGAUUAGUUUGUCAGCCUACAACAUCAAGCUGGUGUGGCGAGAUGGCGAAGAUAUCAUUCUCAGGGUCCCCAUCCACGACAUCGCGUCGGUCUCGUACAUCCGGGACGACUCCUCGCAUUUGGUGGUGCUGAAAACAGCUCAGGACCCCGGGAUUUCCCCCAGCCAGAGUCUUUGCACCGAAAGCUCAAAAGCUCUUACUUCCGGAUCGCUCUCAGAGAGCGGAGUGGUACCCGUCGAAGCCUGCUGCCUAGUGGUCCUGGCUACGGAGAACAAAGUAACGGCGGAGGAGCUCUGCUCCCUUCUCAGCCAAGUCUUCCAUAUUGUUUACACAGAGUCCACCAUAGACUUCCUAGACAGAGCAAUAUUUGAUGGGGCCUCCACACCAACGCGUCACCUGUCCCUGCACAGUGAUGACUCUUCUACAAAAGUGGAUGUUAAAGAUUCUUAUGAAACUGAAGCGAGCACGAUCUCUUUCCCAGAAUCCUCUGAGACCGGUGGCAACUCCCCCUCUUCCUUCACCACGCAGCCGUCUCCGCACACAAAGGCGGCCAGCGAAAGUGAGCUGAGCACCACCGCGACGGAGCUGCUCCAGGACUACAUGAUGACGUUACGAACAAAACUCUCCUCUCACGAGAUCCAGCAGUUCGCCCUGCUUUUGCACGAAUACCGCAACGGGGCCUCCAUCCAGGAGUUCUGCACCAGCCUGCGGCAGCUCUACGGGGACAGCAGGAAAUUCCUCCUCCUAGGCCUGAGACCGUUCAUUCCCGAAAAGGACAGCCAAUACUUUGAGAACUUCCUAGAAACUCUCGGCGUGAAGGACGGCCGUGGCAUCAUCACUGACAGCUUUGGGAGGUACCGGCGGACGGUCAGCUCUACCUCCAACUCCACGACCAACGGCAACGGGGCCACGGGGAGCUCGGAUGACCAGUCGGCUCCCUCAGAGGGCGAUGAGUGGGACCGCAUGAUCUCGGACAUAAGCAACGACAUCGAAGCUCUCGGCUGCAGCAUGGACCACGAUUCCUCCUGAAACCCAGAGGUCAGGAGAGGAUAGA